AUGGCCAGCGCUCGCACCGCCGCCGCCGCCGCCGCCGCCGCCAACCUCCCCGACAUUCUCUCCAAAGUCCACCACCUCAGCGACCUCCAACUAGCCCUCCUCCUGUGCCUCGUCUCCCGCGAGCACGCCAUCAUAGCCACCCCGUCCGCCCUGACAGGCACCCUCGUCCGCGAGCUCUCCCUCAUCGCCACCACCACCUUCGGCCUCGCCCCCUCCGUCGUCCGCUGCACCCCGCGCACCAGCCUCGACGACUUCGUCUCCGCCCUCUCGGCGCCGCGCGAACCCCCCCCACCCGCGGCUGCGGCCCGCCGCCCGGACUACUUCGUCCACGACGCCCGCCUGCAAAGCUCGGCGGCGGCGGCGGCGCCCCGGCCCGGCCCCGGCCCCGGCCAGGUGGCGGGCUGCGUCGUCGCCGAGAACCUCCAUCUCGCGCCGCGGCCCGUGCAGCUCCAGGCGCUGGAGCUCCUCCGCACGCGGCGCGUCUUCACCCACACGGCUGUGCUGGCGGCCCCCAAGCGGUUCCUGUUCAUACCGGUCCUGGCGGCAGAGGCUCCCGGGAGGGGCGGGCGGCUCAACCCCCAUCUGAACGACGCGUUCUCCAUGGCGCACUGGCACGACCCCGGCCAGGGCUUCGUCCACGUAGAGGAGGCCGAGGAGCAUGCGGAGCGCGCGUCCAUGGAGAGCGUGGUGCGCAAAGACGCGGGCGCGCCCCCGGGGACCGUCUCGAUAUCUGAAGCGGACGUGAGCCUUCUUGCGCGUCUCAGUCAACAGGUCGAGAUGGACAUCGACGUCGUCCGAUAUCAGAUGAACAUCACAUCGUUUCUUCGCAUGCACCGUGCGGUACGGGACGGCAUAUCGCCAGCCGCUACAAAACACUUUGAUAAGCUGGUCAGGUGUCUGGCGCCGCUCCACAACAUGGACUACGUGACGCCUGCCCUGGUCGGCAUGGCUGCGAAAAAGAUCUACCUCCACCGCAUACGAAUCACGACGCCGGAAAAUGAGCGCAGCAUGCAAUGGGGAAGCACCUUGGCAGCCGUGGCGGCGCUGUUGAAAGACGUCGGACCCGAACAAGUGGUUGAUGAUGUCUUGGACAUGAUGUCGUCUGUGACGGACUGCCAGGCCGGCCUUCCCCAACCGAAAAACUCAUCAUGCCUUCUUCCGAGACAACGCCUGACCUGCUUCAUGACUAGGACGACAAAGGACAAUAUAAUCAUUCCGCCGUCAGCAGAGCUGUCCCAAUCUUUAUCCCGACUUCCUCAUUCUGUCAUCUUACGUGAACAUCAUAGGGGCUCAUUCUCCGCCCGGUAA